AUGGUCCGCGCCUGCCUCGUCUCUCUUUGGCAGCUCGUGCUGUCGGGCUUCAGUCUCCACAUCGGCGUCCAGGCCGUGUUGCUUGAAGCGCCUGUUCUCAAGGAGCUUUCCGUCGCAAUACGUCCGUAUUUCGACUCAGUAGUAGCGGACGCAGCUGAAGCUGAAGCUGUUGCGAGUUCCGACGUCUCGUUGCCGUCUGAAAUGGCAUUUGAAGCUGAUCAAGACGAGUCGGUAUCUAAAUACUCUCCGUUGCCACACUCGCCGCUUUUGGUAGCAGUUGGAGCGUGUGAUGCAGUGGCGCUGCGUUGGCGCAGCUUCGAGAUGCCCAUGUGGCCAGUCGAGCGGUUUGUUCUCCAGCGAUAUCCAGACGUGGAGCACCAGCCGCAGUGGAGCACGCUGCUGGACGAGAAUGCCUCGGAGCUUGUGGAUCAGAACGUUCAGUCUGGACGCAGGUAUGCGUAUCGUGUAAAGGCCAUUUGCAGGGACAAUGUGUCGAGCGCUCACGAGUAUCAGUGGGUUCAGCUGGAUGAUAUUAAGAGCGGCAGUAGCUCAAGGUGCCGAGCGUCGUCUUCAUUGCUGAGCUCUGUCGACGCGCUCACCGUUGAGGAAGUGCGCUAUCUCGGGAUCAUCUUUGCGUGCUUCUUGACCGUGUAUGGUCUCAUGCGAGUGAGUGUUAUGGGUGUACAGGGCACACAGUCUCGCUCGAGUCGUCUGAAGCAAAUUGAAAAGUCCGUGGCUGAGGGAGGAGGGAUUGUUGCAGCCCCUGUGUCGAUCGGACACGGGGUCUCCAUGGUGCUGAGGCAGUCCUCGACGUCCACGUCCAGCUCGUCGUCGUCCGUGGAUGGCGACCUUAGUCUGCGUGGCAGCAUGCCUGACGCUACCCCAAUAAGUACCACCGCUUCGGCUCGUGGCUUGACACGCGCAUACAGCUGUUCGGGUCCCAUGGUGCGCUCGCAGUCCGUACAACUACCCAUUCGAAGCUCGUUUCGUCCCAUUUCGCACUCUAGUAGCACCAUUCGCGAGAAGGCGACUGAGUGCGGGCAUUGUAGCAAGCGCUUUGGACUGUUUCGAAAGCAGUACAUGUGUGACAUCUGUCACUCGGUCGCGUUGUGCCGCAAGUGCGGUUAUCGAGCGUCCGUAGACAGCUUUGCCCACGCCCAUACUGGCUUGCAUGCGGGCUCAGAAGGUAACACAAGAUCGAGUGCUGGCGAUUAUGGCGCUGGCCGACGUCGUUCGAGCGUGGACCAGCACCAGCAAAAGAAGCUCAAGGUCCGGACGAUCUGCAGGACCUGCUGCGAUGACGUUUAUCGAUACUCUGCACGCGCAAGUGAAAGACGUCCGUCUUACACGGUUGCAGCAAUGUGA